AUGCAAAAGUGUGAGAUAACUUUAUCACAAUUAGGAUAUGUUUCUAAUAUAGAUAAUACUGAUAAUCUUAGAAAGAUUGUAAAGCGUUUACCCAUGCAUUUAAGGGUAAAAUGGGUUGAUAUUGCUCAUUCCAUAACUGAAAAUGGUAGAGAACCUAGAUUUUCUGAUUUAGCAAAUUUUAUUGAUAAAAGGUCUCGUCUAGCUUCGUCAAUGUUUGGUCUAGAUCUCGUAAGAGAAAACUCAAAUACAUAUAGAAAAGAUAUAGACAAUCGUACUGAUAUGAAUACAAGAGAGAAGGUAUCUACAUUUGCUUCUAAUAAUAUGUAUGACAGCAAGGCUACGACAGAAGAUCGUAAAUGUAUUUGUUGUAAUGGUACAUGUAAUAAUUUAGAAUUGUGUGUAAAAUUCAAGUCUAUGAGUUUAACCGAUAGAGUCAAUUUUGUAAGAACUGCUAAGCUAUGUUUUAAUUGUUUAAAGGGUAAACAUUUUUCAAGGGACUGUAGAAAAGCUAAAAUGUGUACUGUAGAAAAUUGUAGCUCUAAACAUCACAUUUUAAUGCAUAGUUGGGGUAAAAAUAACAACACUGAUCACACGGCUACAAAGGUAAGCGUCCAUUGUUCAUCCGCCGGGACAGUUAUUAAGAAUUGUCUAGGAAUUAUACCCGUCGAGGUUAAAGGGUCAAAUGGGAAAACUUGUCAAACUUAUGCCUUGAUUGAUGAUGGAGCGGAUAAAACGUUAUGUGACGAGUGUUUGAUAAAAAUGCUAGAAACCGAAAGUAGACCGGUUACAUUUAAAAUGACAACAGCAACAGCACAGCGAGUCCGACAUGAAGGUCAAGAGGUUGACUUACAUGUACAAUCAGUUGGCAGCAACUGUCCGAUAACACUUAGUAAGGUAUGGUCAGUUAAAAAUCUACCGAUAUCGACACACUCAGCCGCAAAUAAUAAAGAUAUUAAGAGUAUUAAACACUUGUCAGAUAUUUAUAUACCAGAAAUAAGCAGCAAUAAAGUUCUGCUUCUAAUAGGCACCGAUACACCAGAAGCACAUAUUCCCAUAGAAGUGCGUUCAGGAAGUAGUCAUGAGCCAUAUGCCGUACGAACACGAUUAGGAUGGAUCGUUAGAGGACCAAUCAACAACACAAGCACCAGUGAUGUAGUUAACGUCAAUUUUAAGCAUGCAGAUAAUGUAAUUUUGCAGCAGCAGUUAGAGCGACUUUGGACCACUGAUUUUCUCGAUCAGCCUAGCACGGAGAAAGUAUGCAUGUCUCUGGAGGAUAAGCGCGCCUUAAAAACAAUGGAAUCAACAAUAACCUAUGAAGAUGGACACUAUAAACUCGGAUUACCGUGGCGGGAUGAAAAUGUAAAAUUGCCAAAUAAUUUGCCUUUAGCAUAUGCUCGAUUAAAUCAGUUACACCGCAAAUUGUCACAUGAUCCGAAGCUGCAUGAGAUGUACACAGCAACGGUAAGUGAUUAUAUACAAAAAGGAUAUGCAAAGGAAGUUACUGAUGUAAGUAAUGAGUCAAGUCACAUAUGGUACCUUCCACACCACCCUGUCACAAAUGAACAUAAACCCGGAAAGGUGAGAGUAGUCUUCGACUGUGCAGCCAAAUUUAAAGAUGUUUCGCUAAAUAGCCGAUUAUUACAAGGUCCAGACUUUAUGAACAGCUUGGUAGGAGUUCUAAUGAGAUUUAGACAAGACCACAUUGCAUUAGCUGCUGAUAUAGAGGCUAUGUUUCAUCAAGUCCGCGUGAAAGACGAUGACUGUGAUGCUUUACGAUUUUUAUGGUGGCCAAAUGGAAACUUAAAGGUACAGCCAAAAUGUUACCAGAUGCAGGUUCAUCUGUUUGGUGCAACAUCAUCGCCCAGUUGUGCCGCAUACGCAUUGAAAAAGACAGCUAUCGACAACGGUGAGUUAUUUGAUACAGAGAUAGCAUCAACCGUAGAAAGAAACUUUUAUGAAGACGACCUCUUGAAGUCAGUGGACACGGAAGAAAGGGCCGUUCAGCUUGCAACGGAUUUACGAGAAAUUAUGAAACGUGGUGGAUUCCGAUUAACGAAGUGGUUAAGUAACAGUAAAGUCGUUAUAAACGAAAUACCGAAUUCGGAACGAGCACCUUCUACAGUAAGUUCGAUAUUUGAUCCACUGGGACUCAUAGCGCCAAUCAUUUUAAAAGGGAAAAUUAUAUUACAAGAACUUAGUAAACAGUCAAUUAAGCUUGGAUGGGACGAUCCUAUACCAAAAGAAAAAGAAGAAGAAUGGAUAAAAUGGAAAUCGACUCUGCCAGAAAUUGAAAAUAUAUCAAUACCUAGAUGCUUCAAGACAAAAGACAUGAAAGAAAUAUCUGAUGCUCAACUUCAUAUAUUUAGCGAUGGUUCUGAAAUUGGUUAUGGAGCAUGCGCUUACUUACGUCUAGUAGACACUAAUGGAAAAGUGAACUGUUCACUUAUUCUGGGGAAAUCUCGUUUAGCGCCAUUAAAACAGACAACAAUUCCCAGACUAGAGUUAUCAGGUGCCGUUGUUGCAUGCAAACUUUACGAAAUAAUUAGAGACGAAUUAGAGAUUAAGAUUGACAGCGUAGUGUUUUGGACCGAUAGUAUGAUAGUACUUGGAUACAUUAAGAAUGAAUCUCGUCGUUUUAAAACAUUUGUUGCAAACAGAUUGAGCAGCAUUCACGAGUUGACAUCACCAGGUCAGUGGCGAUACGUAGAUACAAGAUCAAAUCCUGUCGACAUAGCAUCUAGAGGCAUUCUUGCAACAGAUAAUAAGCAGAUCAAAUUUUGGCUCCAUGGACCAGAAUUCUUGUUGAAAGACUCGUAUGAAUGGCCGAAACCAAAAGCUGUAUCAACGGUAGACGAGCAAGAUAUUGAGAUCAAAAAGGUUGUUAUGAUUAACUCAACUACAACUGAUUCGAUACGCGAUAUAAUUACAUACUUUUCAAACUGGCAAGUAUUACAACGGACUGUAGCAUGGCUAAUCCGUUUCAAGAAAUAUUGUAUACGUCGUUUCUUAAAACGAGACGAUGAAAUAAAGACAGACAGCUUAAAUGCCGAUGAAUUACAGGAAGCAACAAGGUAUAUAUUGAUACAUGUACAACAAGAAUCAUUCUUAAAUGAAAUCAAAAUGAUUGAAAAGCAAAAUCCUGUUAAUAAAGAUAGUCGUUUAGCAUCUUUAAAUCCUGUUAUGCAUGAUGGGUUAUUGCGCGUCAAGGGACGUCUCAACUUGUCACUAAGCAAAUGUCCGGUCAUUAUACCAAAUUCUCAUCACGUGACCACUUUGAUAAUCAGGUCGUUUCAUGAACAAAAUGGUCAUACAGGAAUGGCACAAGUGCUAGCAUCAUUACGGGAAAAGUAUUGGAUUUUAAAAGGACCUAGUACUGUCCGAACAGUUUUGAACAGGUGUGUAAGAUGUAGACGAUAUCAAGCACCGCUUUGUUUUCAGAAGAUGGCUUCUGUUAUAGACGAUCAGAAAACUCCUGAUAAACCACCAUUUACCUUUGUUGGAAUAGACUACUUUGGUCCAUUAAAUGUUAAAGUUGGACGUUCAGUCGUUAAAAGAUACGGUUGCCUUUUUACAUGUCUGACAACAAGAGCUGUUCACAUAGAAGUAGCUCAUAGUUUGACUACAGAUUCCUUUAUUUCUGCUUUCCAACGUUUUACGAGCAGGCGAGGCAUACCUGAAAAGGUGUAUAGUGAUAACGGGACAAAUCUUGUCAGUGGAGAAUCGGAACUUCGGAAAUAUAUUGAUCAAUGGAACAAAACAAAAAUAUCCAGUUACAUGUCACACAAGGAUAUUAAUUGGACUUUCAAUCCGCCAAACGCUAGUCAUCGUGGUGGUGCAUGGGAAAGAAUGAUUCGUACGACACGCAAAAUUCUCAGAGCUCUUGCAAAUGAACAACUGCUUACCGAUGAACAGUUACUUACCUUUAUGGCUGAAGCCGAAAGAAUCGUCAAUGAUAGACCGAUAACAGCAGUCAGUAAUGAUUCUCGAGAUUUGCCAGUUCUCACACCGAAUAUGUUGUUACUUAUGAAAAACAACACUUCAAUACCGCAAGGGGUGUUUGACGAGAAAGAUGUGUAUGCUAAAAGGUGGUGGAAGCAGAUACAAUACUUAGCCAAUGUAUUCUGGAGACGUUGGUUACGUGAAUAUUUGCCAACUCUACAACAGAGAAAUAAAUGGCAAAGAGAACAGCGAGAUAUAAAGAUUGACGACAUUGUAAUCGUUGCAGAUGACCAUACACCGAGAGGACAGUGGCCAUUAGGCCGAGUAAUUGAGGUUAUUAGGAGUAUAGUUCGAGUUGAUAAGCAUUUGAUUCAGGAUUUUGGAGAAAGAAUGGGCUGUCCCGGGUAA